AGAAGGAGCUCUUCAGGGAGGGGCACACGUGCCUCCAGGGACCUGCACUCCCCGAGGACCCCAGACAGUUCCUCAGCCCCGCGCCCGUGGACGGCUCAGCUCACCCUCGAGUGGCACAGGAAUCCCAGGCCUCUCAAGCUCACCAGCACCCUUCAGACACGUAGGGAGCUCGAUGAAAGCGACAUGCACAGCUUGUUCAAGGGACGCGGGUGGAGACAUGCCGGCCAGGACAGCUGCUGAGGCCCCCUGCAACACACGCCAAGCCCUGCUGCCCAGCACAUGUGCAAUUGAACUGCUUGCACUGGCACACGCGUGUGAAGAUCUCACGGUCCUCCACUCAUUCGUUCACUCAUUCAACAAGCACUCCGUCGAGCUCCCGCUGUGCGCCAGGCACGAUGGACGCCCGUGGAUUCAGCGCGAAGGGAGGCCAACAGAAGCCUCUGCCUGUAGCGGGACGGCUCUUUGCAGAACACCUUGCUCCUUAUGGGACGAAUCUGCCAGCCUGUGUGACGUGCUCUCACGAAGCUCUCAUUCUAGAAGAGGAGUGACCGUGGCUUACGGGAUGGACUCUAGGGCCUCUGAGCCCCGGAAGCAGGACCUGACAGAGGCAGGGGCAGAGCAGGAACUGCGGUGGUUGGAGCUGGGCUCCGAGGAGGCCCCAGGAGCUGGGACAGAGGGGCCCAGCGCCCCACAGGCCUGGGGGCGCCUGCUGCAGGCCGUGUGGAAGGGUCACGUGGGCCUGGUGACUCAGCUGCUGCGGCAAGGGGCCAGUGUGGAGGAGAGGGACCGCGCCGGCAGGACCCCGCUGCAUCUGGCCGUGCUGCGUGGCCACGUGCCGCUGGUGCGUCUCCUGCUGCAGCGCGGGGGCCGGGCCGUAGCCGCAGACCGCGCGGGGCGCACGCCGCUGCACGAGGCCGCCUGGCACGGGCCCUCGCUGGCGGCCGAGCUGCUCCUACGGCGCGGGGCGUCGGCGAACGCGCGCUGCGAGGCCGGCCUCACACCGCUGCACUGGGCCGCCGCGCUGGGCCGCACGCUGCUGGCCAGGCGCCUGCUGGACGCACCGGGCCCGGGCCCCGCGGCGGUGGACGCGCGCGGUUGGAUGGCGGCACACUGGGCGGCCGCGGGCGGCCGGCUGCCAGUGCUCGAGCUGCUGGCGGCGGGCGGUGGCGCGGGCCUGGACGGCGCCCUGCUCGUGGCGGCCGCGGCCGGGCAGUCGGCAGCGCUGCGCCUCCUCCUGACGCACGGGGCGCGGGUGGACGCCCGGGACGGCGCGGGGGCCACGGCGCUGGGCGUCACGGCCGACCUGGGCCGCCGGCAGGACAUGGAGAUGCUGCUUGAGCACGGGGCCGACCCAAGCCUCAAGGACAGGCACGGCCGCUCUGCACUCCACAGGGCUGCUGCUGGUGGACAUCUGCUCGCCGUCCAACUGCUGGCCGCCUGGGGAGCGGAGGUGGACGCUCGGGACACAUUGGGCCUCACCCCCCUGCACCACGCUGCCCGGGGAGGCCACAUGGAGGUCGCCGGCCACCUCCUGGCCAGGGGCGCGAAGGUCGACGCUGCUGGCUGGCUCCACAUGACCCCCCUGCAUCUUGCCGUGGAGCGCGGCCACGGCUCCACCGCAGAGCUUUUGCUGAGCCGAGGGGCCAGCCCCACCCGGAGGACACAGUGGGGGGAGGUGGCCCAGGACCUGGGGCCUGCCGUCUGUGGAGAGCAGGAGGAGUCCUAGGGGCACAGGGCCCCAGGGCUGCAGGGCCAGAGCAGGACCAAAGGCUCCAGGCUCCCACGGCCUUCAGGGCACGCAGGCUCCUCUCUGCUGGU